AGCAAGUAGCAACUGCUGGCGAAUUGUGCGGGAAUCUUCUUUAGAACGUUUUGCAGUUUUUUCAAUUUUCAGCAAAGCUUUUCCCGAACUCUUGACUGAUUUUCAAAAGAUGGCUGGUAAUUAAACGUUUCGAUUUUUUGGACUUCGGGACAUUGUUCUGCUGCACAUCCAGAGCAAUUCCAGAGCCGUCUAUUUUGUGGAUCUGAAUGGUGUCAAUUGUCAGCAUCCCAUAAAGAACAGGUUCUCCAAGAUAACUUUUUGGAGUUCUUGAAUUCCAGAGCAAAAUUCUCUUGAUCAUGGAGAACGAAUUUCCGGAUGACCAACUGCAUACUCCAGAGAAGCAAUCCAGUAGCGGCGCUUCAGAAGAAACCGCCACGCCGCUUGAGGACGCACUGUCGGACGACGACCAAGACAUCGUCAGUGAUGAACUGACUACUGCGGAAUUCCGCAAGAAACAUCCCGAUCUGACGACAGCACCGGCCGCCAACAUGGUUCAGCGGAAGCGUUUGGAGCGUGGGCACAAAUAUUUUGACUCUGGGGACUACAACAUGGCCCGUGCUAAGAGCAAGAAAGAGGGUGUGCCGAUCGGUCCGAAACUGCUGGAUGCGCUGAACGCCACAGGCGAAGAUCAUCCCACACCGGAAAACAUUCCUCACAAGAAGUACCCUCCUGCCCCAGGUAUCAGUAGGCUGGCUUCUUGAAGAAUACUAAUAAGCAUCCGUCACCGUUCGUUCUUGGAUAAAGAGAGUUUUAGUUCCUGAAAGAGUUUGUUCCAUGUUGACUUCGGUACCUUGCCUUGCUGUUGGUUGUAAACUUGUAACUCGAUUGCAUUCCUCAGGUCUUCUUGGGCUGUUGAAUUUUUCGCCUUGACCUAAAGCAACGAAAUAGUAUUCCUAACACGGUUUAGAGGUUUUGUUGGUGCCUCUGUUUUCCGACUGACAGAUAAUGCACGUGCCAUGGUUUGCAAAUUUCAAACAGCUGUGUUCGUAGAAUUACCUGGAGAUUUGUGUUUUGAAGUGUUAAAGGAGGUUGACAUCACUACUCGUACCAGAGUUUGCAGUUUGGGCUUUAGACAAAGUGACUCCGCUUUUUGAACGGUUUAUGUUGCACUGUUUAAUAAUUUAAUUGUAUAUAAUAACCUGAAGAGGCAUGCAAUUUACGUUUUUUUGUUUUUGUCAGUUUCCUUAUUCGUCUGAAUAAUCUCGGUUUUCUCACG